GGUUAUGAUUAUUAUCAUUAUUAUUAUUAUUAUUAUUAUUAUUUAUUGUGGUUGUGGUUGUUGUUGUAACACCAGUUGCCCCCUUGGCAGCACCAGUGGAGAUCACUAUGCUGCAUCACUAUGUUGAUUCAUUCACACAUUUCAUGAUUCAUUCACACAUUUCACAUUUCCCAACCAUCUUCCACAAUCAGUAUAGUGUCUAUUCAUUAUUAAUUUUUCAUCAUUAACCGAAAGCUACUCCACCAUCAGUGCUGCCUCAGUGCCACUGUGCUGUCUGGGAUUGCUGAGUGAAUCUGAACGAAUCGUUUAACUGAGCAGACUGAAAUGACUCAAACGACUCAAAUGAUUCAAAUACUUCAUCUCUAAUGAAUACAGUCGUUUAAAUCUUCCAUAAAAACGGCGUUAUCUCUAGACAUCAACCUCCAGGUAUCUAGAGGCUCAGGAGGUUGAGUGGGAUGUGUUUAGAGAUGUGUUUAUUUACUCCAACACAACAGCUUGGAGUAAAUAAACACAUCUCUAAACACUUUCAGCCCAGGGGAGCUUUCAGCUGGCUCUUCCUGUGUCUGUGUCGAGGGGAGGCAGAGUCUCUGGCGCUGUUUGUUGGCUUUUCUCAGGUAGCAGCAACCGGAAGCGGAAAUUACCCCUGGGUUCGGGGAGUCUCAGCUUCCAGUCGUCCCUGUCAUCCAUCCAUCCAUCCAUCCGAUCCGUCCAUCUAUCCAUCCAGUUUCUCAAAGCAUUGUAGGUAACACACCAGGUACCAUGACCCAGUCAAUGAUACGUAGAACCCUCAAAAAUCUCGUUCAGAAUUUCUCUGAGGCUGAGGUGAAGGUGAGAGAGGCGACCUCUAAUGACCCCUGGGGGCCGUCCAGCUCACAGAUGGCGGACAUCUCGGACCUGACCUACAACGUGGUGGCAUGCAACGAAAUUAUGGGAAUGUUGUGGAAGCGCCUGAACGAUGACAAAAACUGGCGGCAUGUAUACAAGUCUUUAACACUACUAGAGUGUCUCCUGAAAACCGGUUCUGACCGCAUUCCGAAGCAAAGUCAGGAGAACAUUCAUAUUAUUAAACCGCUGAUAGAGUAUCGUUUCACAGACAAGGACGGGAAAGACCAGGGUGUGAAUGUCAGGGAGAAAGCCAAGAUAGUGUUGUUACUUAUACAAGAUGAGGAGAAACGUAAAGAAGAGAGAGAGUUUGCCAUGAAGACUAAGGACAAACUGGCAACUGCCUCUUCAGAGGCCAGUGACAAAGUAAAGACCGAGAUUCCUUCAUAUACGGGGCUGCCAUCCCUGGACAACAUCCCCUCAGUGGCAGAUCUGACAGCCAGCAUGGCAAAGAAAAAGGAAGAGAGGAGGAUACUAGAGGAAAAGAAGAAAGAAGAAGAGAGACGUGCAAAGGAAGGCGACACAGAGCCUGACCUGUGGGAACAAGCAGCAACUGCAGCACCUCCUUCCAGCUCGGAUCCCUGGGGAGCUCCAGCUGAUGCUCCAAAAGCCGUGGGUCCUGCUACGAACGACCCGUGGGGCACACCAACAAAUGACUCCCAAGAUUCAAAUAUGGGUUCCAGUGAUCCUUGGGGUGAGUCGGCGGAUAAAGUGAAAGACAAUGCCAAUCCUUCUAACGAUCCAUGGGCUGGUUUACCAGAUGAGAAGAUUUCACCUCCUGCCAGAAACUGUCCAUGGGGUGAUUCAGCAGACCCUACAGAAGACAAAGGUGUAGCUACUAAUGACCCCUGGGGCACGUCAAAUGACUUGGUAGCAAAUUCACAACCAGCGAAGACAGAUCCUUGGGGUGCACCAGUAGAUUCUGCAGAAAAGUCUGCUCCUGCAGCAUCAGACCCCUGGGAGACACCGUCGGCGCCACCUCUGGCUAAGUCGGAUCCAUGGGGUGGGGAUAAUGGAACUUCAGCAGUGUCACCCACUGAUCCCUUUAGUGAAGGGCCCAAAGCUGAUCCAUGGGGCACAUUAGCCUCUUCGCCACUUUCAACUAAUGAUCCCUGGGGUGCUCCGGCAGCUCCCACUGAUGCCUCAGCAAAAGCUGACCCCUUUGGUGAUGGAGGAAACUCGGCUGCUUGGGGGGUUCCUGCAGAGGCUGACGUAUCCUCAUCCGUGCCCACUGAAGACUCCAAAAAGCCAUCCAGUUUCUUGGGGGAAGGAGCCUCGUUGGUGGAUCUCGACUGUCUCAUGUCGACAGGGAAUUAAAUUACCCAAGCCUCUACUUCGGACCAUUCAGAUUAGAUAAUGUUUUGUGGAUAGAUGUUAUCAUUGUAGGUGUAACUGUCCUCCUUUCCCCUCUGUUUUCAGCACUCUGUUCAUUUCUUCCAUCUCUCUGCUUUCUGAUUUGGUUUGUUUCGCGUGUGCUGCUUACUGCUUGCUCUUUUUGCUUUGUACUAAACUAAAGUUCCAUGGUUGCAUCAUUUUUGCAGUUUCCAUCCAACACGUUUUUUUUUUUUUUUUUUAAAUUUACCCCAUGAUGGUUUGAUCAUCUCUUGCGUUCUUAAACCCACCUGUGGCACCUCCAACCCAUCAGACCACCUUCUUUCAUUUGGUCCUGCCUAAAACGGAUAUACAGAAUGGUACAACCCAGCAGUCUGGGACGUCUUAAUGGGGAAAUGAAAAUGUUAUCAUUUGGAGAGUUCUUUAGGAGUGGAACAGUGAAAUCUGUGGGUGGUAUUUAAUUCUUUAUUUAUUUAUUUAUUUAUUUAUUUAUUUAUUCAGUUUUUCAAUCACCCAUAGACGUCUACCUUUCAUACAUUCCCUUACUAAAUGCCAGCUUAGAGCCUACUGGGCGUGUGUAUAUGUGACAAUAUUUAAAAUCAAUAAGCAGCAAUAUGCUUUAUGUGUAGCCUUUUUUUUCACAGUGGUAGUCCGGAAAUUACGAAACUUGGUUUAUUGUUGUUGGUCUUUCUCAUCUACUAUUCUUCUAAGACAUUAAUGACAUAUCUGAUGAGUACAGGAGCAAGUUAUAAUUUUCUUUUUAUUUAUAUGGAUAAAGUUGUAUAAUUUAAUCUGGUGAAUACAUUGUGCUUUUGGGAUCAUUGGGUUCAAAGCCAAAACAUUUGAAGCCAUGAAGCCGUUCCCUGGUUAAUGUUACUUUACUCCCUACUCUAAAGCCACAGAUUAAAGCUCUCUGUCACUACAAUGGAUUUCUGUCAUAGCGACCUAGUGGAGGUCUUUGUGAUCGAUGUGAUCAGUGCAGUAUAUACGAGGGUAUGCACAGAGAACACUAUCACGUAAUUAGUGGAAAAUUCAUUGCUAUGUUUUCAUACAAGUUAUCUUCGCUCCCCUGCAUGGCCCCGAUGCUCCUCAACAAGUGCAGCGUGAAAUUGGGAGGUUGUUGUAAAUGUUUUUCGACAUCUGUGUGACAUUCUAUGUCCAAAAUUUGAGCAGAACAACAGUACGCAUGACGCAACACAAAAAAACACCAUGAAGAAACUAUCAAAGUUCUAGCAAUGCUUCUACAUGGCUUAAAAGCACAGAAAGUAAGAGUAGUUCCUUACCUGCGUAUAUAUAGUUUCUUUUUUAAUAACUCCCCUUUCACAAUAUACCAAAAUACCUACAUUUUUUUUUCUCACUUUAAUCCUUGCUAGAGCCGUCCAAAUACGUUAUCACAUUACAGUCAACUGUAAGUUGUAAGCCACACAGAUUUGGCAACACGUUCAUACUGUCGAACUGGCAUUAAAAAGAAAGUUGCGAUUCUCAAAAUGUGAUGCAAGAUUCUCGCAGUGUCAACUUUUCAUAUGUAAAACUCUCAAUGCUGACAGCUGAUUCUAAAGCCGUUUCCUUUCCACACUAUACCCAGGGUGGUAGCCUCACUACUUUUUAUAUCAAGUACUUUAUAAUUAAUUAAACUUGUCUUGUCGAUAGAGCUGUAUGGUAAAACUGAUAAACACUAUUUUUUUCUUAGUCUGCCCAAUAUGCAUUUUAAUCCAAGAGGUUAUUCAUCCGUCUGUUCUUAUCUAUUAGGAAGAAACAAGACAAAUGGCUCAGGCUGCUUAAUGAAACCAAAUUGUUUGAGAACAAAUUUGUCAGGUAGUUUACUGUUUUUUUCACUUAGCUAUUAGUUGUCAAUUGAAGGAAAGGUGACUUCAGUGAUGGAUUUAGCUUAAUUUUCCAUUAAUUCAUCAACAUUUUGGCUAUUUUUGUUACACAGGGUGCCUUGUAUCCCGUGUAGGUUAUGUCAACCAAAAUACAACUUACAGUUGACUGUAUGGCAGUGUAUUUGGUACAGCUAUAGAGAAAAUAGACCUAGUAAAGUAGUCGAGCUUUAAACCUGCACAAUCUGUGUUGUGAUGUUGGUCGUCUGAAUGAGCAACUCAAAUUCAAAUUUCAAAUAAGUAUUGAAUAUUGUAGUCAAAUGUAAAAAGAAAAAAAAACAAUCCGUAUUUUGUCAUUGAGACAAGACUAUCUAUCCAUUUAUCUAUGUAUCCUUAUUUAUUUAUUUAUUUAUUGAUUGAUUGAUUGAUUGAUUGAUUGAUUGUGAUUUUGUAACCUUCUAUAUUGACCUUAACAUCUUACCAUUAAUGCUGGACAUACACUAUAAUUUCACUUCACUACUAUGAAAGGAAAUUCGAAUGAGUGCUGUGCUGUACAUAUAAGUUGUAUUUUGGAUGGUAAAGGAAUAUAUUUAUUCUAUUAUGAGUGUUGUUUCUUGUGAAUGUGUACACUGGAAGAAUAAAAUAAACAAAGGUAUGAAUUCAGGUCUAAA